GGAGUCCUUUACUCGCUGAUAAUCACCUUGCAGGUGAGUGUCUGAACAACUGCGGUAUUUUAAACCCUGCUUUUCCUGCUAGAUCAUCCUGGAAAACAGACCGCUCGAAACAGCAGAUCAAAGACUUAAACCAUGAAGAAGAUCCUCUCCCACUUAUUGAGGAGGUGCUAGGAGCCCAGGAGCACACAGCAAGUGAGAUGCCUAGCCUGGAAGAGGCAGAAAAGGAGGCAGUCUCUAGUGAGAGCUGUGACACCGACAAGAAGGUGGAGGAGAGCAACCCUGCCACGAGGCAGCCCUGCACUCCGGAGGAGAGGCGGCACCUUCAGCGAGAGAGACUUAAUCAAAUCCUGCUAAACCUCUUAGAGAAAAUCCCAGGGAAAAAUGCUAUCGAUGUCACGUACCUGCUGGAGGAGGGCUCGGGACGGAAGCUGAGGAGACGCACUCUGAGCAUCCCGGAGAGCAGCUUCAGGAAGUGA